CGCGGCGCGACAGCGGAUCUCGUUCCCUCAGGCACCAGAGAAGGGCCCAUGUGGUGUCAGCGAGCGGCCGCACACUCCACCUCGCUACUCACACUGCACUCGGUCCUUUCAGGACGUGAAUGUUCGCAUAGCGCGCGUUUCUGAAGAUGCUGCUCGAAGCGCUGGACGGAGAUGGGACGGUUGUGUUCACAGCCGCUGCCGCCUCUGUGCAGGUCCAGGUGGAGCCUGUGGGUCGGUGGCUCGAGGCCUAUGUGAAGAGGAGGAACAGAAAUACGUCUGCCUCCUUCCAGGAGCUGGAGGAAGAGGAGGCGUCGUCUGAGGAGUCGGAGGAUGAGGAGUUUCAGCUGGAGGAGUACCCGAUGCUCCGAACGCUCGACCCCAAAGACUGGAAGAAUCAGGAUCACUAUUCUGUCCUGGGCCUCCCACACCUGAGGUACAGAGCCACACAGAAACAGAUCAAAGCCGCCCACAAAGCGAUUGUGUUGAAGCAUCAUCCCGACAAAAGGAAGGCUGCCGGAGAGCAGAUAGUGGAAGGAGACAAUGACUACUUUACCUGUAUAACUAAAGCGAUAGAAACCCUGUCGGAUCCCGUGAAGAGAAGAGCCUUCGACAGUGUCGAUCCGACAUUCGACAACGCCGUGCCUUCAAAGAGCGAGGCCAAAGAGAACUUUUUUCAAGCCUUUGCUCCUGUUUUUGAGAGAAAUGCAAGAUGGUCUUCCAAGAAACACGUUCCCAAAGUCGGAACCAUGGAAUCCUCUUUUGAGGAAGUGGAUAAUUUUUACUCUUUUUGGUACAACUUUGACUCAUGGAGGGAAUUCUCAUACUUGGACGAAGAAGAAAAGGAAAAGGCUGAAUGUCGAGAUGAGAGGAGGUGGAUAGAGAAGCAGAAUCGAGCCUCCAGAGCUCAGAGGAAGAAGGAGGAGAUGAACAGAAUACGAACACUAGUUGAUACUGCCUACAGCUGUGACCCUAGAAUAAAGAAAUUCAAAGAGGAUGAAAAAGCCCGGAAGGAAUCUGAGAAGAAGGCGAAAGUUGAAGCCAAGAAGAGAGAGCAGGAGGAGAAGGAUCGAGCCCGGCAGGCGGAGCUGGAGGUCGCUCGUUUGGCAAAGGAGAAGGAGGAAGAGGAGGCCAAGCAGGCGGCCCAGCUGGCCAAGAAGGAGAAAGAUAUCCAGAAGAAGGCCAUCAAGAAGGAGAGGCAGAAACUCCGGACCACCUGCAAGAACUGGAACUAUUUUGGUGACAACGAGGCAGACAGCGUGAAAAUGAUGGAGGAGGUGGAAAAGCUCUGUGAUAGGCUGGAGCUGACCAGUCUGCAGUCCCUGAAUGAAACCUUGGCCUCAGGCUCAAAAGAGGACAGCAAGACGGCCGUGGAGAAGCAGGUGCAGGAGGUGAACGCCCAGCUGCAGAGGGAGAGGGAGGCCGAGGUCCAGGCCAGGCAGGCGGCUCGCAGCGCAGACCAGGCCAGUGGAGGAGGUGGAGGAGGCGGCGCUGGAAAGGGCUGGAACGAGGAAGACCUCCAGCUGCUCAUCAAAGCUGUCAACCUGUUCCCUGCUGGGACGAACGCCAGAUGGGAAGUUAUUGCAAAUUAUAUGAACUUGCACUCCACCAGCGGCAUGAAGAGGACGGCCAAAGACGUCAUCAACAAAGCCAAGAACCUGCAGCGACUCGAUCCACUGCAGAAAGAUGAGAUCAACAAAAAGGCCUUUGAGAAGUUUAAAAAGGAACACUCGACAGUGGCGCCCACCAUAGACAACGCUGUGCCCUCGGAGAGGUUCGACGCCUCUGGUAGUGACGGUAACGUUGCAUCCUGGACCACCGAGGAGCAGAAGCUCCUGGAACAGGCCCUGAAGACGUACCCAGUCAGCACACCCGAGCGCUGGGAGAAGAUCGCUGGGGCCGUCCCUGGACGGACCAAGAAAGACUGUAUGAAGAGGUACAAGGAACUGGUGGAGAUGGUUAAAGCCAAGAAAGCUGCUCAGGAACAAGUUGCAGUCAAGAGUAAAAAAUGACAAGAACCACAAACGACAUUAGUAUCUGUGUUAUUUUAACAUUAAUGUGUUGCUCUUUAUUUUAUAAUAAAAAAUUAAAGGAGGAAAAAAACAUACAGA